AUGCCACCAAAGGGAUCCCGUCUCCGUCCGCGGCUUUCUUCAACAAAAAGCACUCCUCUAACAGAGCCUCCUAGCACCAGAUGUAAACGUAAACAAACAGUCGUGGCUGAGGCUGAAGAUGAAGUUAAUACCUUCAAACCUUCAAAAAAGAAGAAAAAAAUAGCAAUAUCUGACAGAAAAGGUAGGAUUGGGAACAAAACUCCAGGUUACCACGCGUUGAAAGCUGAUUUCUCUCUGAACUUGGCUUUGGUAAAAUAUCGUACGACAGGCGCCAUCGAAAAGGUUGCUAUUGCGGCUGGACCCAAAACCUCCGAUCAUACGACAGGCACCAUCGCAGAGGUCACUAUUGCGGCUGGACCAAAAACCUCCCGGAACCGUCUGCUAGAGCUCCUUGAAAACCGUAUCUCAAAAAAGAAAGGAAGACGUUCAACUAAAGCGCCCGAAAUCACCCUGCCCGAAAUCACUCUGCCCAAAGUCACUGAUUCAAAUACAGAUGUGGCUCCUGUUCGAGCCAAAAGUCUGACUAUUUCAAUACCCGAAGAUGCUGAAACCACAGAUACAAAUGAAAUCGACUUUCAAAUAUAUAGUAACAAGGAUUUGGAAAAAAUGUUGCAUGACGUGGGUGUCAAUACCUUCAAGAUGGACAAAUCCAAAAUGGUCGAAUGCUGUACAAAUUAUCAAGAAUUGAUCAUACUCCCUACAACUGAACCAGAACAACCGGUAGCAUCGUCAUCAACAGCUCAAAAGGAACCGGAUGCCACACAAGGGAGUUUCACCUUUUCAACAACAUCAAAAGAAUUCGUUGAAUGGGGAUCAAGGUACGGGAGACACGAUGAUGCGCCUUUGCAGAAUCCUUUACCGAGUUUGCAACACGGAACCCUUCUGUACCCUCGACCCCGACCAACAGACUUGUCAGAAUCUCAAUCGGUGCAGUCAAAGUCAAGGAAGGGAAAAGAAAAGGAAUCUAGGGAUUCUGAAAGCGAAUACUUCCCUGAAGAUGAUGAAGGAUUUGAUCAUCAAGAUUCUGCGUUUGAGCAGACUCAUCAAAGUGACACAUCACGAGGUCUGCAAACUGGAAUGGUGCUGUCUGAAGACGAGGCCACAGGCUGCGAAACGUCGCUGUCUAACAAGGAGCUCACAAAGUUAUGGACAGAGACCAGAGCCUCACUGGUCAAGGCAAACAAAAGGAUCGAAAAACUUGAAUGCGAACUGAAGAGCUUGUCAGAUGCUUUCAUGAAAUCUCUGGGUAAUCGCAGUCCAGGAGAAUAA